UCAAAAUGCAGACGGCUACCAUAUAUUUGCAGAACCUCUCGAUUCAAAAGCAAAGAAGAAACAAGAAUUUGGAUGAUAAGGUGGAGAGAAGAGAAAAGUUAAAGACAUAUUUUCUUUUGGUGCUAAAGCUAAAUUGGUGAUAUUUAUUUAUUCAAAUUAUGCAAUGCUAGACCAGAAGCAGCAACAAGGUAUUCUUUGGAGUCCAAUGGAAAGAGAGUGCCUGUUUCUUCUUCAACGAUGCAGGACAAGAAAAACCCUCUUGCAAAUCCACGCUCUCAUUCUUCGGAACGCCAUUGAUGCUAAUGUUAACAUUCUUACUAAAUUCAUAACCACAUGUGGGCAGCUCUCUAGUACCCGUCAUGCUCGCCACUUGUUCGAUAAUAGGUCUCACAGAGGUGACACCUUCCUUUGCAAUUCUAUGAUAAAAUCUCAUGUGGUUAUGCGCCAAUUAGCUGAUGCUUUCACUCUUUAUAAAGAUCUUAGGCGAGAUACAUGUUUUGUGCCUGAUAAUUUCACUUUUACUGUAUUGGCGAAGUGUUGUGCUUUGAGGAUGGCUGUUUGGGAAGGUUUAGAGACGCAUGGUCAUGUUGUGAAAAUUGGGUUUUGCUUUGAUAUGUAUGUGUCAACGGCAUUGGUGGAUAUGUACGCAAAGUUUGGGAAUUUGGGUUUGGCAAGGAAGGUGUUUAAUGAUAUGCCUGAUAGAAGUUUAGUGUCGUGGACUGCGCUUAUUGGUGGGUAUGUGAGGCGCGGGGAUAUGGGCAAUGCGUGGUUUCUAUUUAAGCUGAUGCCUGGGAGAGAUUCUGCGGCAUUUAAUCUUCUGAUUGAUGGAUAUGUUAAAGUGGGAGAUAUGGAAUCUGCGAAGAGUUUGUUUGAUGAGAUGCCAGAAAGGAAUGUGAUUUCUUGGACCAGUAUGAUUUAUGGGUACUGUAAUAAUGGUGAUGUUUUAUCUGCUAGGUUUUUGUUUGAUGCUAUGCCGGAGAAGAACCUUGUCUCUUGGAAUGCGAUGAUUGGUGGAUACUGUCAGAAUAAGCAACCCCAUGAAGCCUUAAAAUUGUUUCGCGAGUUGCAGUCAAGCACGGUGUUUGAACCAAAUGAAGUAACAGUUGUAAGCAUUCUUCCAGCUAUCGCCACUUUGGGUGCUCUGGAAUUGGGUGAAUGGGUACAUCGAUUUGUUCAGAGGAAGAAACUUGAUGCAGCAGUCAAUGUCUGUACUUCACUUGUCGAUAUGUAUGCAAAAUGUGGAGAAAUAUCAAAAGCAAGAAAAGUUUUUAGCGAGAUCCCUAAAAAGGAAACGGCUACCUGGAAUGCUUUGAUAAAUGGAUUUGCAAUGAAUGGGCUUGCUAGUGAAGCACUGGAGGCAUUUUCGGAGAUGCAACAGGAAGGAAUUAAGCCAAAUGACAUAACCAUGACUGGUGUUUUAUCCGCUUGCAGCCAUGGUGGUUUGGUAGAGGAAGGGAAAGGACAGUUUAAAGUCAUGAUCGAAUCUGGGCUUAGCCCAAAAAUUGAGCAUUAUGGAUGCUUAGUUGAUUUAUUAGGGAGGGCAGGGUGCUUAGACGAAGCUGAGAAUUUGAUUAAAAGAAUGCCUUUUGAGGCUAAUGGAAUAAUUCUGAGCUCCUUUUCAUUUGCCUGUGGAUUCUCCAACGAUGUUCCUAGAGCGCAGAGAGUACUAAAUCAGGCUGUCAAUAUGGAGUCAGGUAACAAUGGAAUCUAUGUCAUGAUGAGGAACUUAUAUGCCAUGGAGGAGCGGUGGAAAGAUGUGAAAGAAAUUAAUGGAUUGAUGAGGAGAAGGGGGGCAAAGAAGGAGGUUGGUAGUAGUGCUAUAGAAGUUGAUAGUAGGGUUUCAGAGUUCAUAUCUGGGGGGAUAGCUCACCCACAAUUGGAUGUUAUAGAGUCUGUCAUAGGUCAAUUGUGGAUACACAUGAGGGAUAGUGUGGUUGUUCAAACUCCAUAACUGAAGUGCCAGGAGUGUUUCCUUAUAUUCACUCACGAAUUUAACUUGUGCACUCCCACGAGGAGGGGCUGAGAACCUGCAUAUAUCAACCAUAGCUGAAGAACUAGACUCACUGUUGGGAUUUUGAAAAAUCAUUGGGAGCCAAGUGUUCAUGCAAUUUCAUCAGAGAUAAGAAGUCCAAGUGUAUUGAAUGCUUAAACAGAGAAUUUCUGGAUGGGGGAAAAUGAAAUGAUUUAUCCUUCACAAGAACUUUCAGGCGACGAAUCGCACCUAGGGAAGUGAUUUUGCCAAUGGACAAGACUCUAAAAGUAUUUUAUUACUGAACGCAGGACCACUAGCUUAAAAGCUCAGUGAACUGUUUUACUCCCUUGUU